GUUCCUAUUAAUACUCCAUUUUCAAAAACGCGCUCUAGACGCCCGCGUCUUCGGCGGAUACUCGCUCAACGGUGACGAGCCGCACUGAUUUCGUCAUAAUCAGUCAAAAACUCGUUUGAUUUCGAAAAACUUGAGUUUUUGCUGUUUCUUGAUUGUAAAUCGAAUAAUUCAUACUCCCUCCGUUUUUUUAUAUAAGUCGUUUUAGAGGAAUUUUUAUGUUUCAAAUUAUAUGACGUUUUUGGUUUUUUAUGUAAAAUUUAUUAACAUUUAAUGUUAUAUGACCAAUGAUAAUAUACCAUCUAUUUUAUUAUUGCUUGAUUUGUGAUUAGGUAAAUAAUUAGUGAUGGUUUUGUUUAGAAAAUAUAAAAAAUUAAUGAUUUCUUAAUCUAUGUGCACAAUUCUAAAACGACUUAUAUUAAAAAACAGAGGGAGUAUUAGAUAUAUAAAAAUUGAGUGACGAUUUGAUGAAAAUGGCUAAACGUGAUGUAUAAAAAUGGAAAAUGCAUGCGGCUACACUGUGCUAGGUUUCAGAAUCUGCAGGAAAGAGAUGAAGAUGAAAUGUCUAAGACACCCCCUCUUUUAGAAAAGGUUAAAAAUAGAUGUCCCAAAGACCAGAAACUGAGAUUCUGAAAUCGAACUGCCGCUUGUUGCUCCGGAAAAGUGGACACAACCACUACACCAUUAUACAUUUAAUACUAACAUUGAAAUUAAAUAGUGUAUAUACUAAAUAUCGAUAAAAACCUAUGAAAAGAAAUCCCCGAGUGAUUUCCGAUUUAUCUCCAUUUUUUUGUUAAGUCGCUAGGCCCGAAUCGACCGUCCGACUCACGCCUAGCGCAAUCUAGAACAUGGUUAAUACCUAAUGAAUAUUUUUUCAAAUAUUUCCAUCUUCUUCUCGUGUCUGUCUUAUCAAUCAUCAGACAAAUAAACUAAAUAAUCAAAUGGUCCUUCUACCCUUUGGAAAUUGUGUUUUUAUUAAUUAUUAAUUAUUUAAAAUAAAAAAGCAACGUAAUAUUUUCUACAGACAUGUAAUCAAUAUAUAAUGGACAGCUCAGAUUUCGUUAUUUUUAACUAACAGAUAAUUGGUCAAAAUAUAUGUAAAAACCCAAUUGUGCUAAUUGGUGUAUGAAAUUUGAAUAUAUUAUGUAUUGAUGUAUGUUUUAGCAUAUGAUCAAAGUGUAUGUACUGAUCGGAACCGCGUCACUCUGUUGAUGUAUGAAUAGAUCGAUUCCUCGGUAAUAGAAUCAGUUUUAGUGGUCCUAACGUCUCUAUUUUUUUUUCUAAGAGUCCCAACACUAUUUCUCAACCACAACUAUAGAACAAGAUUAAACGUCAUCUCAAAACGCAUUCAUAAACGAAAAAGAAGUCGAUUACAAUCAUGAAACCCAAGGUAUGUCCAUAACUGUAUUCAGCUUCAACGCUAAUAGUAGUCUCGGUCAAAACAGAUAAUGGUUUGACCAAAAAACAGAUAUUAUCUUAUCAUACAAGUAAAGCAUAAAAUCCAAACAUUCUAUGUAUAAAAGAAGUUUGCAACUAUUUAAUUUCGUUAGCAAAAAAGGAAAAUAAAACACAUACAGAACGAACCAAAACAAAAGGAUCAAAAUGGCUUUAAGCAGUAAACGUGUUUUUCUUGUGUUCUUAUGUCUCACUGUUCUCUUGAUCCCAGAAUUUGUAAAAGCUCAAGGUAAAGGGAAACCGAUCGUGAUAGGUACAUGCUAUAAAUUUCCACACUGCAAUCAGACUUGCGUUGAAUCAGAUUUUUCUGGUGGAAAAUGCGUCCCUUUACCACCCCCUGGCAUUAAUUUUGUAUGUGUUUGUUAUCCAAAAUCUUGAGGAUAUUGCAUUAGUGUUAUAAUAUUUUUAAUUAAAAAGGUCGCCAAAAACAAACAAUUCGAAAUAAAAAUUGGUCAACUUUGUA